GAGUGAAAAUCAUUCGGUAACCCAACCGGUGGCGCCUCUUUCACUACAUUACAGUUCACAGAGCAAGGAAGCAAGUUGGAAAUUUUGUUACAGUUUUCUCAGCCUUUGAUAAUGCCUCGUUUGUAUGUAGGUAGAUUAAACCAACGUGUUUCCGAAAGGGACUUAAAAAGAUUCUUUGAAGGCUAUGGAAAAAUCAGAGAUAUAAUGAUGAAAAGCGGUUAUGCUUUCUUGGAUUUUGAUGAUUACAGAGAUGCAGAUGAUGCUGUGUGUGAUCUAAAUGGACAAGAGUUGCUUGGUGACAGGAUUAUUCUUGAGCAUGCUAAAGGAAUUGAACGUGGCAGUGGAGGUGCACCAAGUCGUGGUGGUUACAACAGCUAUGGUGGUGGUGGUCCUCGUAAACAAAGAGCAAGGGAUAAGUAUGGUCCUCCAAUCAAAACUAAAUGGCAAGUUAGAGUUGAAAAUUUAUCAUCAAGAGUGAGCUGGCAGGAUUUAAAGGAUUAUGUACGUCCGCAUGCUGAAGUAACGUAUGCUGAUGCUCACCGCAAAGAAAGAGGGGUUGCUACUGUUUGUGUUGCAACUCGACAAGACCUUAAAAACUUAAUCAGAAAAAUGGAUGAUGCAGAACUCAAUGGAAAAAGAAUCAAAAUAAUUGAUGAAAGUGGUUCUCCCUCUGGAUCAAGAAGUAGGUCGAGAUCGCCAAGAAGAUAUCGAUCAAGAAGUCGUAGUCGAGACCGAUCAAGAUCCCGUUCACGUUCAAGAAGCAGAUCAAGAUCUAGAAGCAGACAUUCUCGAUCCAGAAGCAGAUCGAGAAGCAGAUCAAGAACACCACCAAAUAAAAGGUCUCAUUCUCGCACUCCUUCCAGAAGCAGAUCGAAAUCAAGAUCCCGGUCAAAAUCGAGAGACUGAAGAUACGAUACACGAGAGUAAUAAGAAGACAAAGAUGCUACUAUCACGGUGGUGUAUUGUUUCUUGUUAGACCUUUUUAAUGCACUGUGUUCUGCACGCUACUUUUAAUACCUGCAAACAACUGUUCACUUGGUUGCUUUUGUAUUUAUUUUUGUGGCAAACAUUUGUAAAUUUUAUGAACGGUUAAAAAUAUUUUAAGUAACGUUU